AAGUCCAGCUCGAUUACGUCGUUUUUUUGGUGUAAGUAAGAAGAGUAAGAAAAAACGUUUAGUUGAGGUGGACGAUGUCAAUGUUGUCAUCUUUGAUUUGGAUCUUAAUGAUAAUGAUGAACGACCACAUACUGCUAUCAGUGAAACAGGAUGGUAUAUCAUCGUACCUAUCAAUAUUAUGGCUAAAAGCCGUUUACUACGUGCUUUACAUUAUUACUCAACACCAUCAUUAAUUGUGGUGGAUGCAUCAAGUAGGCAAAUUAUCACUGAUGAUGGUCGACGUUUGUUGCAAGAUGAUCCGGAUGGUUUAAAUUUUCCAUGGUUUAAUAUGACAGCAGAAGAGCUUUUUCAAGGCGCUGUAUUAAGGAAUUGUAAGGAUGCUGAUGGUACUAAAAAAAUUGUAACUGAAAAUUUUCAAAAUUUAAAAUCAACUGUUAAAGGAUUAUAUUUUGGUGCUAAUUGGUGUCCACCAUGUCGAUCAUUUUCACAACAAUUAAUCUCUUGUUAUAUAUCACUCAAAAAUGCCGGUAUUCCAUUCGAGAUAUUUUUUUGCUCAUCAGAUCGAUCACAAGAAUCAUUUGAGCAUCAUUUUUCAACAAUGCCUUGGUUAGCAUUUCCGUAUGAUCCACAAAAAACAACUCAAUUAACACGUUUGUAUAGCGUAAAUGGCAUUCCGGCAUUUUUAUUAUUGAACGAAGAGAAUCAUUUAAUAACAAGGCAUGGCCGUAAUGUAUUACUUAGUGAUCCAACUGGUAGUUUAUUCCCGUGGGGAUCAUUACCAUUGUAUGAAUUAAAUGAAAAUACAUUAUGUCGAUUAAGAGAUGAACCUUCAUUAGUAUUAUUUACAGAAGGUUCACCAGAUGAUGUCACUUUCUCGAUGGAAGUAUUACGAGCAACAGCUGAAUCACUUUUUCGAGAACGACAAGAAUCAAUGAAACAUUCAUCAUCAUCAUCAUCAAAAGAAAUUGAUAACACUGAUAAUAAUGCUACUGCAAAUAAUGAUUUGAAUAAUUUAACAUAUUCCACUAAUUCUGUAAAUAGCUCAAUAUCAUCGGAUAUAUCAUUACCAUCAUGGAUUGAUCCAUUGCAAAUAUUUUAUACGGGUGAUGAUCCAUUAUGUGAUUUUAUAUUGGAAGGAUUAGGUCUUGGUAAUGCAGAAUUACCACUUAUUGUUAUUUUGGAUGCAACAAUUAGUCGAAUGUGUAUUUGUGAAAAACCGGAUGUUAGUAGUGAAAUUAUUGCUAAAUUUGUGGCUGAUUAUAAGAAUGGAAAGCUGAAUAUGGUACCUUUACCAACAACAUGUCAGAAUAAUGCUCAACCAACUCGAUAUGGUAGUAUUCCAGCUCAGGCUGUACAUCAAGCAUUAGGUAUUGGUAAUGGUCAAUCAACUAAUUCAAUUUUAAAUGAAAAUCAAUCAACAAUAUCAAGUGAUCAACAGAUACCUAUUGUUCUUUAAGCAUAUUCU